AUGACGACUUCUAGCGCCCACAAUUUUGAAGCGACUACAAGCGCUUUUCUCUUAGGCCAUACGCCAGCUCAACAAAACAAUAAAUACAAGGCUUAUGCCUCUGCGGUGGAUAAAGCUUUGAAAUCGUUUGAAUCGACUACAGAAUGGGCUGAUUUAAUUGCUGCUUUGGGAAAGUUGGGAAAGGUUUUCUCGUCAAAUGCCAAAUCAUUUAACGAUAUCCCAAAUGCUUUGACUGUAUCUAAACGUCUCUCACAAUGCUUACAUCCAGCACUUCCUUCAGGAGUUCAUCUAAAAGCUCUAGAUACAUACCGUCAAGUCUUUUUAAUGUUGAGUCGAACUCAAAAUCUGGCCAAAUAUUUGUUCCUUUAUUCUGCUGGGCUCUUUCCAUUAAUGGAUCAUUGCCAAAUCAAAGUCAAAUCGGAAUUGCUUUCAAUUUUUGAACAAUUUAUUUUACCGCUCGGCCCAAAUCUUCGUCCAGCACUUGCUGGUUUUAUCACAGCCCUUUUGUUGGCGUUGGAGGAAGGAACUGAGUUCUAUGGACGUGCAUUCAGUUUAUUGGACCAGUUAUUGGAGAAAGUCGGAAGUGAAGCGUUUUACUUGUGUUUUUGGCAGUCAGUUUCUGGUAAUCCUUCAGCUCGUCUUCCUGCCCUAAUCUUUGUUAAUACAAAAAUAGAAAAACACAAAAAAGGCAAAAAUGAUUCAAAUUCUGACGAUAAUUUACUUGCUUCAUUUUGUGGUGGAGGAAGUCAAUCAAACAAUAAUAAUUUAAUGUUACAAGCUUUGUGUAUUGUUGCAGAAGAUUCUUCAUCCUCUCCUUUAGUUCAACGACAUUUGUUGGAUUUUUUGUGUAUGGCUAUCCCCUUAAAUUCUAAAUGGACAAGUAAACAACAAUUGGUAGAUUUGGUGGGAAGAACUCUAUUUUUGGUUUUGAGGAGGGAUAUGAGUUUAAAUAGAAGAUUGUAUCAAUGGUUGUUAAAUCGGUUUGAAAUUAUUUAUUUGAUUUAA